GUCCACUUCACUCCGCCCAAGGCAACGAACCAUACCAACAACCACCACCUCCUCCACCUCCUUCUCGACAGUAACAUCGGAAGUGAGGAUAUAUUUUCGCAUAUGGAUUGACGGACUGAGGAAGAGUGUCUCGAUGAGGAAUACAACACAGGGGAAUAGCCACAGAGCUCUCAGCAGCCAUGGUAGGGUCGGCGGCUGCCUCGAAUCCACCAAUAGUGCAAGCAAGACCACCAACUCCUCCACGAGAUUCCAGUCAUAACGAACGGAAGCUGGGAAAGUUCAAGGAAGCAAAGCCAAGUGUGUUGGGAGAUCUGACUCGUUUUUUCAAGGUCGACUCCAAUAGACGAGCUUCUGCACCAGUUUCCAGUACAUCCGCACUUGAAUCUCCAGUCCAGACACCAGGAUUAGCGUCAGGAACACGAAAGAAGAGAGUGGGAUGGUCAGAGUCAACAGAGUACAAGGAUCCUCCAACAGCCUCGUUCGACGGAAAGAAUAUCAGACACAUUGUGCAACCACUGGCCCCCUCCUCGGAACGAAAACCUGCGAAAUCGAUCCUCAAGAUAUCAUCUAAUGGAGGUACUGAACACGACCCAUUCGACACUGUCAAUACGAAGCUUCUGCCUCCUCAUCACCACGCAAGUUUCGCCACCAUGCUCGACUCGAUCGUACAGCAGCUGGGAGGGAAGGAUAGGAGUUCGAAGAUGGAUGCAUACUUGAUGUUCUCGGGACUGUUGAAGGCGUCGGAUAAUGUGCCAGACUUGAAGGCUUUAAAGAGCAAGAUGGGCCUCCUUUGCCAAUUCAUAAUUCAGGACUUGACGGAGAAGCUGGAUAAUGGGAAGUCGGACACUGGACUGGUGGUCAAUUCCUUGGUGUUGCUCUCAAGCUUCCUCCAGAAACAAAGCAUUUCAGAAAUGUUCCCUGCCGAUUUUGCGGUCCAGGUGGUCGAACACGCGAUCAAGUCAUUCGAGGAUGCUGCGGCGUCAAAGGAGAUUAUCAAGCACCUCAUGUUCAUCAUGGCACAGCAAAACUUCUCGUCGAAGGUGAUGACAGCAGAUCGGGUCAGCCGGCUGGUCAAUUCAUUACACAACAUCGAGGACCACAUCAAAGGCAAGAGUAUCACCAUGUCCCGGAUCAGCAUCUACAGGACACUUCUGCGGUCUUCAAGGAGUCAUAUGAUAUCAAUUUCUCCUUGGUUCGAGGACAUGUUCAGCGAUAUGCUCAGCAGUCUGAGAGAAGUUCGGACAAUGGCCAUUGCGUUUGGCUUCGAAGCCGCAAUUACACUUGGAGCGGACGGUGCCGGCACCAAGGCGGUUAUGAACCUAUUCAAAGCCAAUCUUGGUAAGGGAUAUUAUGGAGAUUUCUAUGCCGACCGUCUCAAGAUCAUGGUCAAGAACAAGAAUGACUGGGAUAGCUCCGCAGUACCACAAAUCUGGAGCAUAAUAAUCCUUUUUCUCCGGUCAAAGCCUCAAGCACUAGUGCAAUGGCAUUUUCUCAACGACUUUCUCGAGGUCCAACAGCUCUCUUUCAAUUCGAGCGAUACUGCGACAAAGACCGAGGCCAACCUCGCUUGGAAUCGACUCAUGUAUGCUCUUCAACUUAGCGAAAAGACUAUUCCAAAGUUCAGAGGCAUUGUUUCUUCGGCUCUCGUUACUCAACUCAAGACGCGCAAGUCAUCAUCAGGGCGUAAAGCAUGCCUCAACAGCGUUUACAUGCUAUUGUAUUACGCACUCAGUCCACAGUCCAGUUCAGCUCACCUUGAGCUUUUCUGGGACGAGUAUGUCAUUCCGAUUAUCAAUGGCUGUCUGACGUCUGCAAAGGCUAGGACAGACCCGAACCUCGCAAAGCAGGAUGCACUUGAAGCAUGCGUCAUCCUGCAAUCGCUCUUCGACUCCAAGACCCCAAGGAAAUGGAAUGAAUCUCGAGCAAUUGACAGCCUCCAGCCCGCUCCGAUGAAUCCAUCCGAAUUACCGGCACUUGACUCGAAAUGGCUGCGAAAGAACAAUAUCCGUGUGUUCAAGGUUCUGGAUCCUCUCAUGGAGAUGCUGUACUGGGAUCUGGGCAGCGAUUCCGGAAUCACCAAACUUUGGAGGACGUACAUGUCCUCAAUCGGAUCCCCAGCUAUCAAUGAGGUUAUGGUCAAGCCUGAAACCAUGUCUUCGGUUGCUUCCAUGUUCGGCAUGCUACAUAAGUUCUGGUUCAAGGGUGUGGAGAAAUUGGAGAGUCUUCCAUUACCAGGUACGGUAUCGACAAAGCAAAGAACCACGGCGUUUGUAAGGAGUUUUGAAAACAUUUUCCUCACAGCAGCAUCUCUAGAUGGUCUUCAAUUAGCACCAUUUACCGACAAGCUCCUGGCCAUUACCCAGGACACCUUUAUUGUGGUUGCAACUCCUUCACAUCUGCCGCCGAAACAACAGGUUGAGACUAGAUGCCCUCUACAUCAUCUUAUUCUCCUCUUGACAAACUCCUCCCCUGGCUUUGAAUAUGACCGACAAUUCUAUGGAAUGGUUGACCGGAUCUUGUCACCCUUCAUUCAGGCUCGAGUCAGCAGAUCUCAGGUAGAACUAGCUUGCACCCUUGCUCACCUAUUGCCCACGGAAAGCAACGAGGGAACCAAAAUCAUCUGGCAGGUACUGGCUGAAUUUGCGACCACGGCUAUCGAUACCCGAGACAGCAACGGAAGCAAUGGAGAUGAGCCUCUUGGUUCCAAAUACCGCAAGGCAGUCAGGAUCUUAGAAAUCGGAAUCACCCUGUCUCCGGGCAGUCCUCUGCCUGCAUGGAGACAUCUUUUCGAAGCCGCAGUCAACUCGGUUACCCUGGACGCAGGUGAUGGCGGCCGGGCCAUUGGAGUUGUUGAAGAAGUCGCCAAGAUCUUCCACCCAAAAGUACAAAGUGCAAUCUUGACUUCCAAAGGAAUGUUCUAUCUGAGUCUUCUCCUCGGGAAAGCAAAUUAUCCCAAGGACCGACAAGCACUCGAAUCUGCCCACAGGAAGCUUUGGGGUACAGGGACGACCCACCAGAAAUCGACAUCUCAAGAUCCAUACGUUCAUCUGUAUCAAUACAUCAAUGCGACUCUCACGACAGCUUACGAGUCGUAUUCUAAGGAUCAUUUGCAAGAAUUCUCGGAUAGUAUAUCUGCACUUACAGGCAUGUUGGGCAGAUGUCCCACAUCACUUCUUCUUGCCGUUCUUGUCAAGGUUCAGCCUGGGAUCGAGCCCUGGAUUAUUGACAACGAUCAACGUUUACUUGGAGGAGACAUCUUAUCAAAGGCGGUUGCUUCUUUGUGGGAUAUGGUCAAGAAAAUGGUGCCCCGAUUACUUGCGCAGCAUGGCCAUUCGCAGGCCUUGCACGAUUUAGAGCUUCUGAUAUGUGCUGGCCUGAAUAGCAGACACGCAAGUCGUGUAAGUGGCACGAUAGUCUUCUGGAACACGUCUUUCGGGUCCUGCGAGAAGCCUUUCGAAUAUCCCGAGAAUGUCAAGCAGGCUCUACUGCGUUUGCGGGCCGUCGCCGAUGUCCAGAUCCCAUACUUACCGGAGAGUGUCGAAGAGGAAUCAUCCGCCGAUCAACGACAGCCAAUAGACUUCAUGGAAACACAGGAUGAUUCGUAUGGCAUGUCGAGUAUACCCAACGAAUCGAUCAUGCGACUCAUGAGACAAUCUACUCCACAAGUUAUUAUCGAAUCUCGACGUUCAAUGUCCUUGAAACGCUCUCGUGACAACACUCCUGAAUCCAGCAGACGCAAGUCCAGGAAGAGAGAUGUUACGCCAAGAUUCCGUCAUGAUGAUUCUCAAGUCCAAUUUGAAGCUGUUGAAUCCUCGCCCAUGGCCGAUAGGGUCGUAGACUCCCAGCUUCUCACGGACAAGCAAAAGGAGACAAAGGAGAGACAGCAUGCCGAGCAGUCCAUGUUUCCCGAUCUCCGUUCCACACCCUUAUCCAGGGAGAAGUCUACUCGGAAGCCCGAAGAGGCAGAAAUGGAACUUCCCACUCAUCAAUCUUCGCAGCUACGGACCAAGCCAGCCGAGGAGCGUCAGACUACGCCAACACUCCCAAUCCCCAGCGAUGAUGAUGGUUAUGUUGCCUCAUCUCCAACACCAACGAGAUCAAUUCGUGGAGAGCCGGAAGUUGAGCCAGAGAUUGACCCACCAUCAUCACCGCCAGUGGCAGCUCCAAAGAAGGUUGCUUAUGUCGAAUCUAACUCUCAAUUCCUAGAGCAUACCCCAGAGCCAGUUCAGCCCGCUCUCGUCACCUCAAAGGCUCCCGAGCCCGAGCAAAUCGAGGAGAUUCCUUCGUCUCCUCCUGUAUCUACACCUGAGUCGGAAGAUGCCAUGGAGAUCGACGGAGAAGCUUCGAAUGAGCAGCCUCAAGUUUCUGGGGAUAUGAACGAGCAACUUGUUUACGAAGACUUGGAGUUUACGGCAGAAAACGACGAAGAACCACUCGAGCUCCCAGAAUAUGAGGCAUUAUCGAAAGAGGACGGAGCCGAAAGUACAAACGAAACCAAUCUCGGCCAUUCUGCCCAAGUGGAAUUUUUCCAGAAUAUCACCAUGUCUACUUUCGAAUUUACUCCACAAGUCCGUCACAGCUCUCCAGCGGAGGAUGAUCCAUCUGAGCAGCUGAGGGCCAGUCAAAGAAUUGAAUACUUGAAGUCAUUAAUAGAGGAGGAUGUCCAUGGCAAUUCUUCAGCACCGGCCGAGCAUGUGCCAACCAAGGUUGAGCCAGAAGAAGAGCCGGUUCACGGGUUACAGCAACUCCAAUUGAUUCCUUUGCUAGAUCCUCUUCCACCUGGGUCACCUAAUCAACAACCAGGCAGCUCUCCGGUCCAUUUCAUGGAUGCACAAAGCAGCCCUACGUCUUCCGAUAGGCAAGAUAUAUUCGAAGAUGCAAUGUCGUCUCCGCGUUUGACUCGUGGCAAGGACGUUGCACCGAAUCCCUCCACGCCAGACGAUUAUGGUACUGGUAACGAUUCCAGCUUUCUCAGGGCGGUCAAUGCAUAUGAUCAACCAAACUUUGUCGUAAAGGAUGCUCCCUUUGUUGGCCAAGCAGAUAUUUCACCACGACGAAGCACAAGGGGCUCCGCAUCAAAAGCUUUGGAGAUCCCUUCAUCCAUUGACCCUUCGCCUGUUCGUAAACCUGCAUUGAAAGAGACAUCUGACUUGCCAGAAGCUGCCAUUUCAGACAAAGAACCAGUUUCUACUUUACCUGGAAGCAAAUCUUCUUCAAUCCCUUCCCUCAUCCCAGAAACACCUGGAAUGCCUGCUCAAGCGGGACUAAUUAUUGACGAGGACGGACAAGAACACGACCCAGAGCAUACGAUUGUCGUGGACACAUCCAACCUCAAACACUGGCGUCCAACCAAGAACGGCAGGAGAAAGAGCAGGAAGAGGAAGCAUCAGGAGACCAGUGGCGAUUCGCACGAGAUACCUGACAGCCAGGAUGCCAUGGCUGGUUCAGAGACCUCCUCGCCACAGAAACGAUCCCCUUCAAAGAGAUCCCCAGCCAAGAAGAGGGCCCGUGGACAGCCCUCGAGAAUCUCUCAACAGGAAUCCGACGUCGAGUCAAGCCAGGGUUUCGCAAGUCAAAGCAUGUCGGUGGAUUUCGAUGGAGAUCGGGAGAUGGAGAUUGAUGGUACCACGAUGUCGUUCGCGUCAAAUGCCGAGGUUGAAGAAUACGAAACUGCACCCGUCAAAGAACCAGAAAUCGAGCAAAGCUUCGAAGGGUCUCUUGUCGAGCAAGGAGGUGCAGGGGUGGAGAUCGAAAAGUCAAUGGCAGAGGAUAUAAGACAAGAGAAUGUUGAGGUGGAUACCGCAGGCGUAGAUCAGGCGACUAGUCCAAGCUUCGAAGUCAUUGAAGAGACAACUAUCGACGAGACGAGUCUGCUCGACAAGUCAAGCCCGGCAGUCGAGCAGGUCGACGAUAUUAUUGAAGAGGCUGCAUCUCAUCCUGUGGAGGUGCCAGAUGAAGCAUCCCCGGCUCCAGAUGAUGCUGAGCCUGUUCAGCCACCAGUCCUCGCCAAUGCUGAAGCCCAAGCCGAAGACCGAACAGUGACAGCUGAGAGCAUGGCCGACAAACUGCAAAGCCUCCUGAAGGAUCUGCAGACGGCAGCACUAAGUCGACAAGAGGUUAAUAAGUUGGAAGAUCUGUUUUUUGAAGCGAAGCGACACAUGUAUGCUGCCGAAGAAAGAGGGAGAGCAUCGGCGGACGGCGAGCAAUGAUUUGUGUCAUGAUUUGUACAUUGCAUUCAUUGUACGGCGGCAUGGCGAGGCGAUUGGAGUUUUACUUGGUAUUCCUUUGGGUCUUGGGAUGUGUUUGAGUCUCUUGGUGUGAUGUAUGGAAUACUGUGGGAUGGGAUGGGUAGGAGCUCAAAUGCAAAUCAAAUGGGGAGGACUAUCGGGGUCUUGGGUGGUGAGAGGACAAUUGUAUGUUGUACAUCUGACACGAUACGGAAU